CUGCGGCCUGGCCUCCGUGCCGGUGCCCCGCCGCUGCCCUAUCGGCGAGGCCGCAGCGCCCCCCGCCCCUGCCAGGACCGCCCAUAACGCGUCCCAUAAGCGCUUGCGCUUAGGGCUCCUCCUUCUCUCAGCCGGGCCCGCGGUGGACGCGCCAUCGGCACCGGCACCAUGCCUGCUCUCAGGCCGCUCGUGAAGCCCAAGAUCGUCAAGAAGAGAACCAAGAAGUUCAUCCGGCACCAGUCUGACCGCUAUGUCAAGAUCAAGCGCAACUGGCGCAAACCCAGAGGCAUCGACAACAGAGUGCGCCGGCGCUUCAAGGGGCAGAUCCUGAUGCCCAACAUCGGCUAUGGCAGCAGUAAGAAGACAAAACACAUGCUGCCCACGGGCUUCAGAAAGUUCCUGGUCCACAAUGUGAAAGAGCUGGAAGUGCUGAUGAUGAGCAACAAGUCGUACUGUGCAGAGAUUGCCCACAACGUGUCCUCGAAGAACAGGAAGGUGAUCGUGGAGAGAGCCGCACAGCUCGCCAUCAAGAUCACCAACCCCAACGCCAGACUGCGCAGCGAGGAGAACGAGUAGCAGCUCUGCAGCACAGCUGUAUUUAAUAAAGCCUCAGUCCAA